GUGUGUGAUGUGAUCAAUAAAUCAGAAGUUCUUCGUUCUCGGAAGAUUAGAACUACAAGACCAGACCAGGGGAUGAUUUUUUGGGAACGAAGGUUGAUUAAAUUAUCGUUUCUCUUUAAACAUUAUUAAAUAUGAUGCAAGCCAAUGGCAGAGUAUUUUCAUUGAAGAAAAAGAAGUAGAAGAAGAAUCUACAUUUAUGCCCACAUCUAACCUUGGUAAAUGUCAAUAAAUUUAGGUUAUAUUUACAUUGUCAUUGUCUUUUAAUAAUGAGUUCAGAGCCUACUCCUGAAUCCCUAAAGGAAUUAGGGAACAAAGCAGUUCAGGAAAAGAAGUACACAGAGGCAAUUUUACAUUAUACCCAUGCAAUUAAACUAGACCCUAAUAAUUAUGCACUUUACAGUAAUCGUUCUUAUGCAUUCCUGAAUGAGCAACAAUAUUAUUUAGCAUUAGAAGAUGCUAAUGAAACAAUUAGAUUAUGCCCUCAUUGGGCAAAGGGUUACUUCAGGAAAGGAGAAGUAGAAUUUGCGGCACAUCAUUAUCUGGAAGCUUGUCAAUCUUAUAAAAAAGCCUUAGAACUUCAACCUGAUGAUAUUAAAAUUAUAGAGUCUCUUAAUCGUGCCUCCAGAGAAAUUCUUAAAGCCCAUAGGGCUGAUGAGACUACUCCUUGGUUAGGAGCUGGAAUUGGUCUUAUUGUUGGAGUUUGCAUAAUGAUUUCUGAUUAUAUCUUCACAUCAAAUCCUACUCAUCCUAUUCUCAUGUCUUUAGUGACAAUUGUUAUUGCAAUGGUUGGUUAUGGUUUAGCAAAAUCAUAUAGAUACUACACUAAAGCUUCAAAUGAAGGUUUAUUAGAAGCUCCACCUGAUUUGGGUUUCGAUAAAGAAUGUAACAAUGGGGAGGAGCAAAAAACACAUGUUCGUUAUACUAAGUCCCAAGCUAGGCAAAGAUAUAGAAAGGGUAAAAUGUGAAAAAGGUUUAUUAUUUGUUAUUGUUAUGUUUUUAUAAUUUUUCAAUCGACCAAUAUAUGAUUAUGAAUAAAUAAUUAAAAACGC